AUGGGUUCUUAUUUCUUCUUUUUUCCUAUGAUAUUGCUAUUGGCAGCAACUUGUUAUGGCCAUGGCCAGGGAUUUUACAACUCAAGAGCAACCUAUUACGGUAGCCACGAAGGCGGAGGAACUGCAUCUGGAGCUUGUGGCUUUGGUGAGUUUGGAAAGACCGUCAACAAUGGUGAAGUCACUGCUGUCUCCAAACUUUACCACAGUGGAAGUGGAUGUGGAGCUUGCUUUCAGGUGAAGUGCAAAAUCCCGUCACAUUGCAGUGAGGAGGGAGUGAAGGUCGUGGUAACAGAUUAUGGCGAGGGAGACAGAACAGACUUCAUAAUGAGCAAACGUGGCUUCGAAAAAUUGGCUCAUCCCGACAUGGCUGCACAACUAUUUGCAUAUGGUGUAGUUGACAUUGAAUACAAAAGAGUUCCAUGUGAUUAUGGUCGCGACCUUGAGCUAAGUAUCCAUGAGAGUAGCAAUUACCCUGACUACUUGGCCAUGGUUCCUUUAUUCAGUGAGGGAAUUUCUGAUAUCACUGGUAUAGACAUCGGGCCGGAGGGUUGCGAGGAAUGGAUGCCAAUGCGCAGGGUGUAUGGAGCAGUAUUCGACAUUUCAAAUCCACCCGUGGGAUCUUUUCGCGCUAGAGUUCACUAUGCCUCCCAGGAACAAGUCAAUAUAGAACAGUUAACCUUUGACAUCCCUAGGGAUUGGAAGAUUGGAGUUGCAUAUGACACUACAUCUCAAAAUAAUUAA